CUAGAGCUAUGGGCAACAACACCAAUUAUUUCUUCUCCACCACUUUCAUCCUCUCCCUUCUUCUUCUCCUCUUAGCCACAUUCACCACAGCCUGCAGUGAACCAUGCAGACAACCCAAACCCAAACCCUCCCCAUCAUCAUCCAAGCCGCCAUUCUGCCCAAGGGACACUUUGAAGUUUGGUGCCUGUGUUGAAAUCCUUGGACUGGGCAGUGUGGGUGUUGGGGGCCCCACAACAGGCCCUUGCUGUGCUGUUCUCCAAGGGCUUGCUGAUUUGGAGGUCGCAGCUUGCCUUUGCACUGCCCUUAAGGCCAAUGUGCUUGGGAUCAUCAACCUCAAUAUGUCUGUUGCUUUGAGUGUUCUUUUUAGUGCUUGCCACAAAACUAUCCCUGAUGGCUUCAAGUGCGAAUGAAUAUAAUAUAAUGAGUCAAUAACGAACAUUCCUAGGCAAUGUAUGUGGUGUUUGUGUUUGUUGUAUUCACUGGUUAAUUACUGAUGAUGCAUUAUGAGUAUGUACUUAAGUCUGUCAUUAUUAUUGUUUGCUUGUUGCAACAAAAUUAAUAGUGAUCUACCUAUACUAUGUUGCUACAUGUUUUCCUUGUCUGAUCGUGUGCUGUAAUAUUAGUUGGUCGUUAUUAAUAAUUACUUUGAUUUUCAGU